ACAACUUGAAAUUAGUUAUAAGUCAAGUUUUUUAUGAAUAAGUGGCCAGUGCGCCAGUGCAAACUUACAAGUGGUAAAUUUAUUAUGGAGUGCUUAACUAAUUUAAUUUGUAUUUUAUUAGUUUUGAUAAAUUACACUGCUGCAAAUGUAGUACAUAAGAAAUUCGAAUAUAAAUAUUCGUUUAAACCUCCAUAUCUAGCCCAAAAAGACGGCUCAGUACCAUUUUGGGAAUACGGCGGUAAUGCUAUUGCCAGUUCAGAAAAUGUUAGAAUAGCCCCUUCGCUCAGAAGCCAGAAAGGUGCCAUAUGGAUCAAGCAGCCAGUCAAUUUCGAUUGGUGGGAUGUAGACAUCUCUUUUAGAAUCACAGGAAGGGGUAGGAUAGGAGCUGAUGGUUUGGCAUUCUGGUACACUCAAAACAAAGGGGCUUAUGAUGGAGAAGUUUUCGGAUCAUCAGACCAGUGGGUCGGUCUUGGUUUAUUUUUCGAUUCGUUCGACAAUGACAAUAAACACAAUAACCCUUAUAUUAUGGCCGUUAUCAAUGAUGGAACUAAAAAGUUUGAUCACCAGAAUGAUGGCACAACACAGCAACUUGCCGGUUGUCUCAGAGACUUCCGAAACAAGCCUUUCCCAACCAGGGCACGUAUUGAGUACUACCAGAACACCCUAACCGUAUUAUUCCAUAACGGGAUGACAAAUAACGAACAAGACUAUGAAGUUUGUUUGAGAGCAGAAAAUGUUUUCUUGCCCAAGAACGGAUAUUUCGGUAUUUCGGCAGCUACUGGAGGUUUGGCUGAUGACCAUGAUGUCAUUCACUUCCUCACCAACAGCUUGCAUCCUCCAGGACAAGUACAGUCUAAUCAAGUUACUGGCGAGGAGCAACAAAAAUUGCAACAGGAAUACCAGGAUUAUCAGAAGAAAUUGGAAGAUCAGAAAGCUGAAUAUAGAAAAGAGCAUCCUGAUGAGAAAGAACCGGAUUUGGACGACUGGUAUGAAUCAGACUCCCAAAGAGAAUUGAGGCAAAUUUUCCAAGGCCAGAAUCAAAUCUACGAAGUUAUAAAGGAACUCAACAGGAAACUAGACGAAGUAGUAGGCAGGCAAGAAAGAACGAUGAGUCUAAUAAGCCAGCAAGGUGGCGUACCACAGGGAGGAGGAGCUCCUCAAGUCGGUCAAGUGGGAGGGGGCUAUGUUGAUACCAUAAAAAGACACGAGGUCGAUGCUGUAUUUACUAACCAAAAUGUUAUUAUAAACUUAUCGAAAGAACUGAGGCAAUUCAUCCUAGAGUUGAAACAACGAGCUGACACCAUUCUCAACAAUCAGGCCAAGCAGCCAACAGCCCAAGUCCAGGCCGUGGGCUACGAUACUCAGUCUCUAAUAUCCGAAAUGAGGGACGGACUUAAUCACGGAUAG